AUGUCUGUAUUUCUCAGUAACCUGUCAACAAAUGACUCCAGCCAGUGGAAGGAAAACCAUAAUUCUACGGACCUUUUAAAUCCUCCAGGAACUCUGAACGUCCUCCUUUUCUGCCUGACAUGCAUAAUGACUCUUGCAGCCCUGGCGGGCAGCGUCUAUUCACUAGUUUCCCUGCUGCAAAUGCAGAACCGAACGGUUGUGUCCAUGCUCGUGGCUUCCUGGUCUGGCGAUGACCUCAUGAGCGUCCUGUCGGUGAGCAUCUUCAUGUUCUUGCAGUGGCCAAAGGAGACCCCUGGCUAUUUCCAGUCUCUGUGCACCACCUCUGCCUUACUGUAUACAUGCCAGGGCCUCUCCAGCAACUUGAAGGCGACUCUCCUGGUGUCCUACAACUUUUACACCAUGCACAGGGCCGUGGCGAGCCAGGCAGCCUCCAGGAGAGCCGGCCAGGUGCUCGGCGUGGCGCUGACCGUGUGGGCGGCCAGUCUGCUGCUCGCCGCGCUCCCGCUCUGCGGCUGGGGCGCCUUCGUGCGCACGCCCUGGGGCUGCCUGGCCGACUGCUCCAGCUCCUACGUUCUGCUGCUCUUCGCUGUCCACACCUCUGCCUUCGCGCUCCUGGCCGGCCUCUCGGUGCCGCUCACUCACCAGUUGCUGUGUUCGGAGGAGCCGCCCAGACUCCACGCCAACUACCAGGAAAUUUCCCGCGGGGCUUCCACUCCCGGGACCCCUUCGGCCGCGGGGAGAGUGCUCUCCCUGUCCCCCGAGGAGGGCCCGGCCCUGCGCUGCUCCCGGGGAUGCUCCCCGAGCUCCGACACCGUGUUGGGACCUGGGCCGGGCCCGGGGCGUGGGGCAGCGCCUGCCGCUGGGGACGGAGCCUGCAGGCGUGAGAACCGGGGAACUCUCUAUGGCUCCAGGAGCUUCACCGUCAGCGUCGCGCAGAAGCGCUUCUCCCUGAUUCUAGCGCUGACAAAAGUCAUCCUCUGGCUGCCCAUGAUGAUCCACAUGGUGGUCCAGCACGUGGCGGGGUUUCAGAGCCUUCCCUUCCAGACACUCAGCUUUCUACUAACCCUGCUGGCCACCACGGUCACCCCCGUGUUUGUCUUGUCCAAACGCUGGACCCACCUGCCCUGCGGCUGCAUCAUCAACUGCAAGCAGAACGCGUACGCAGGUGCAUCAGAUGGGAAGAAAACCAAAAGAAGCUUUGAAUUCAAUCUAUCAUUCCAACGAAGUUAUGGAAUUUAUAAAAUAGCACAUGAAGAUUACUAUGAGGAUGAUGAGAAUUUUAUAUCCUAUCACAAUCCGGUACACUGUGAGUGUGAAACUACAAAGGACUCCCGGAGAGACAUCCGCAACGUCUUCAAUGCCCUCAAAGUGGAAAUCAGCACCACGCCCUCUGUGGACAGCUCCACCUUGAAAGGAAUCAACAAGUGCACGAAUACUGAUAUCACGGAUGUGAAACACUGUUCUGACAAAGACAAGGGCGUCGACCCACUGUUUUCUGACCAAACAAGAGGUGGCAUUAACUAUGAAGACACUGCCUUUUUGGAAGGGCCAGAAAGAAGACUUUCUCAUGAGGAGAAUCAGAAACCAGACCUUUCAGACUGGGAGUGGUGUAGGAGUAAGUCAGAAAGAACCCCUCGUCAGCGUCCCGGCGGUGCCCUUGCCAUCCCUCUGUGCGCAUUCCAGGGCACGGUGUCUCUCCACGCUCCUAGUGGGAAAACCUGGUCACUGUCCACCUACGAGGUAAGUGCAAAGGGGCAAAAAAUAACCCCGGCGUCUAAGAAAAUAGAAGUCUACCGAUCUAAAAGCGUUGGCCACGAACCAAACCCGGAGGAUUCUCCCUCCACGUUUGCGGACACCAGUGUGAAGAUACAUCUGGAAGUUCUCGAGAUCUGUGAUAAUGAAGAGGCCUUGGACACUGUGUCCAUCAUCAGCAAUAUCAGCCAGUCCUCCACACAAGUCAGGUCUCCCUCCCUGCGCUACUCACGGAAGGAAAACAGAUUCGUUUCGUGUGAGUUGGGGGAAACAGCCUCAUACUCCCUCUUUCUACCCACGAGUAAUCCUGAUGGUGACAUUAAUAUCUCCAUUCCGGACACUGUUGAAGCCCACAGGCAGAACAGUAAAAGGCAGCACCAGGAGAGGGAAGGCUACCAGGAGGAAAUCCAGCUGUUAAAUAAAGCUUACAGGAAAAGAGAGGAAGAAAGCAAGGGGGACUAG